UCUGUUUCUCUCCCUCUCCGAUUUUGCUCGCCCUCUCCGUUCGUUCUCGUCCCCGGCAGCGGAGUUCCCGAAUAGCUAGGGUUCCGGCGGGUUCUCGCCGCCCCUCUUUCCCCGCGUUUUGUUGCCGUCUCCGGCUUGUCGGAUGUCGCAGGCAAGCUCUCGGUCGGGAUCGAGCAGCCAAGGCCGUGGCGGAGGCGUCAGCGGCGGGUACGAAGGGCAGGGUUCGCCGGUGCCGUACCGCGUUGGCCCUCUCGCGUACGAGCCCGACGUGCUAUGCAGGUGCAAUGGCAAGGCCUGCAGAUGGAUUUCGUGGAGCAAUGCCCAGCCAGGGCGCAGGUACUACAGGUGCAAGAAGUCUAGGACCGGAGUUGACUGCGGCUUCUUUGUUUGGGCCGAUGAGGAAUGCUCUGAAUGGUUCAAGGAGCUGCUCAGGGACCUGAGAGAUGCUGUCUGGGAGCUGAAGAGGGAGCUAAGGAAGAAGGAUGGGGAGCUGGACGCCAAGGACAUGGUGUUGGAGGCAAAGGAGAUGGAGGUUGAGGUGAAGAAGAAGGAGGUUGAGGACAUGGUCAUGGAGCUGAAUGCCAAGCAGCAGGAGGUGCAGGCCAAGGAACAAGUUGUGGCUUUACUGGAAGCACGGCUGAAGAAUAAGAACAAGUGCAUAGACAUGCUGCUGUGCUUUGUAUGUUCCUGCUUCUGACCAUGGUGGUCAUUCUGUGCAAUGGCAACAAGGCAUGAAGCCAAGUUAGAAGAUUUAGGGUAGGCUAAGUUUCUUUUGUAAGUAUGACUUUCCCCUGGUUAGGAAGUGGUCCUGUUAUUUUGUAUGUAUGGCCUGGAUGCAAGUGGUUAGGAAGUGGUCCUGGUAUGGUAGAUGUCAUGGUUGGGAACAUGGCCAUGUCCCUGUUAUUUUGGUGGUCAGGUUUGGCACAUGUGGGUGAUGUGGUUUGUAACAUGAACGUGAUGGUUAUGGUA